CAAUAUGAGGCAAGUCAAUUAAUAACAGUGAUGGAAACCCUUGAAACUGCAGUUAUGACAGUGCUGUGGGAUGAACUGCUGAGAAGAAUCAAUGUAACCAGCAAAGCAUUGCAACAGGUACACAUUGAUGUAUGUACUGUUCCUAUUCUGUACAGUUCACUCAUAGAAUACAUAGGACAGGCCAGAAAUGAUUUUUAUGUCUAUGAAGCAGAGGCCAAGACUCUCACAGCGACAGAGGGAUACAAAGCAGAUAGCCAAAGGAGACGAGUAAAGAAAGUUAUGUUUGAUGAGUCUGCAGGUCCAGAGGUGCGGCGCUCCGGCCGUGAAGCGUUCUUGAUUGACACCCAUUAUGUCAUCUGUGACUGCUUGUCACAAGAAUUGAAAAAACGCAAAGAUGCAUACAAAAAUGUGGAGGAGAAAUUUGGUUUCCUUACUAAAAGGAAAUCAAUGAACAUUGAACAAAUCCGUGCAGCCACAGAAAAGUUGAAGAAAAUAUACCCCCAGGAUCUUGAGGAGGACUUUACAGCAGAGUUUUGUCAGUUCAUGUCAAUGGUAAAAGAUGAAGAAUCAGUCAUGGCCAUGUACAAGAAAUUUCUAGAGCUAGGCUUGAGGGAUGCUUUUCCUAAUGUGGACAUUUGCCUUCGCAUGUAUCUGACAUUACCGAUUGCAAACUGUUCAGGAGAAAGAUCAUUUUCUGUGUUGAAACGAGUAAAAACACAUCGGAGAGCAACAGUCACAGGAAAAAAACUGAAUGCCUUUGCUCUGUUAGCAAUUGAAAAUUGAUUCACAACUGCACUGGAUUUUCAAGACAUCAUCGAGGACUUCACCACAUCAAAACUAAGGAGAAAGCAUCUGUAAAUUAAAUCACAGCUGUGGAGAAUGGAGAGAAGACAAGUGGAGAAUGGAGACUUAAGAGGAGCAGAGAAGAUGACAGGAGGACACUGGAGAGUAGAGGAGCAGAGAAGAUGACAGGAGGAGGCUGGAGAAAAGAGGAGCAGAGAAGAAGA